AUGCGUUUCCUCGCAACUGUCGCUUUCUUCGCCGCCGCCGGCCUGACUCAUGCCACUCACUUCAAGCUGAAGACCACCGGUGCUGCCAACAAUGCUCACAAUAAUCUCUAUGUCUACACUUACCACACCGGUGCCGGAUUUAAUGAUGCUGUUCUUGACAGCAAAGAGAGCGGCGCCCCCUGGGUUCAUCUGAAUGAGACGAGAGUCAGUUUUGAGCUCGGUGAUCACACGCCGUGGAAUAUGGAUGUUGGUGGAGACACCAACUACGCCUCGUGGGAACUUGUGACUGUCAACGCCGGUGAGGGCAGUGAUGGUUUCUCGAUCAACGAGAAUGGUCUUGUUUUGCCGAAGAAGUCGGGCUUUGGCGGUUGGCUUGUCUGUGAGUGGUAUCACAACGGGCCACAGCUCUUCUGGAUCAACGGCGACUACAGUUACACGAUUCCCUGCAGCUGCAGCAAGGUUAAGCUUGAGCCUAUCUAUCCCGCCUAA